GCCAGAGAGAGAGAGACAGACAGACAGCUGAGAACAUCCGCCGGAGGAGCAGACAGACAGACUGCGGGAAGGGAAGAGUGUUGCCGGGUGCAGGGACAGCUCCAGAAAACACCGCUAAAAUGGGAGUCGAAAUCGAGACUAUAACCCCGGGCGACGGAAGGACUUUCCCCAAAAAAGGACAGACGUGUGUGGUGCAUUAUGUUGGCUCCCUGACAGACGGACGUAAAUUCGACUCAUCUCGCGACAGGGACAAGCCCUUCAGGUUCAAGAUUGGAAAGCAGGAAGUGAUCCGAGGCUGGGAAGAGGGUGUAGUGCAGAUGAGUGUUGGUCAAAGGGCCAAGCUGACCUGCUCACCUGACUACGCUUAUGGAAACAAAGGCCACCCGGGCAUCAUUCCUCCUAAUGCCACCCUCAUCUUUGACGUAGAGCUGCUCGGUUUGGAAUGAAGAAAAUCAUGGGUGCUUUUUGUUUUGUGUGACUUCCUACCUGAGUGACCUGGAGAGAAGCUAGGAGAGUCUGCACUUGAUUCUAUAAGAAGCUUGAGUCUUUAGUUCCACUACUUAUUUCAUCAGACUAUGACAGUUUGUGUUCUUUUGUCUCUGUGACUGAGUGAAUUAUAUUUUUCCAUCAUAUUCUUCCUUUUAAGACUCCGGGCCAUGACCUUACAAAACCUCCAUGUUCUUAAUCUUGAGUUUUCUUUUUUUUUUGAAUUGCUCUUUCCUUCUCUCUUUACUGACUUUUAUUUGUGUUGUUUUUGUUUUUGGUGUGUUGGUUGUGCAUGGUUUUACUGAAAAGUACAAAAAUACCAAUGAAACCACUAGCAGGGACAUUUAUCUCUUCUGAGUCCAUGUGAACUAACUUUAUGAUUUUUGAGACUUGGUGCUUGUUAUAUUACAGAAACAAAAAAAAGAAAUGAAAAGCACACAUUUGUAUCCCUAUACAGCUUCAAAUCACAGCAUAUGAAAUGAGUUUCUGUUAUAGCAAUGAGGUUUAGUGUUACAUUUAGUGGCUUCCUGUUGUGAAACAUCCAGUCAUGGGAGGCCUUAUCGCUGUUACACAGGAAGUGUGAUGAUAUAUAGUACCACUGUGUUUUCUUUUUCAUAUACUCUCUUCAUAGCAGUGUGAGCUGGACAGGGGUAAUUGGCUCCAAAAAAAAGAACCAAUCACAGUUAUGGAUAGUUCUAAUGUGUGCCUAAGUAUUCUAACCAGACACAUGGUUACUACCUUGCACUGUCUGCAUGCUCCUGGCCUGAUGGAAACCCUAGUAUGUACAUGUACAUGUUGAAAGCUUUGCAAAGAGUUGUGUCUUUAUUAUGUUCUUUUUCUCAAUCAGUCUUUAAACGCCAUUUAAAGCCAUACACAGGUCGAACAGUGCAAAUACAGGAUUUGUGUUAACGCACAACAAUUUGAUUUUUUGUUUCUUUCUUGGAAAAAAAAUAGGAAGUGCUUGAAAAUUAGAAGAAAGGGGGUUAAAGAACCAAUCAAACUGUGACUUUCCCCCUAACCUUAUUUUGUGUAACGACUACAAUCGUAUUUUUCAGAUGCCAUCUUUAUAUCUCUGAGAGUCAACAAAGCUAAUGUAUAAUCAAUGAUGAUGAUGUUAUUCUUUUGUUUGUUUGUUUUACCAGUGUCAGUAAAGUACCACACUGCCUAACUGAAGUCUGUGCUGUGGUAGUAAAAAAAAACAAAAAAAACACACUGACCCACAGGCAUCCUAGUGAUUUUGUAUCUCAAAUGAAUAGUUUUAAAUGGAGUUUAAAUGAAGGAAUAUGCAGUCCUGGCUGUCAGAUAUUGACCUCUGCUGUCGAUGUUACAUACUGGAAAAGCUGCAACUGGUGUGGCAUUAGUCCACCUUUGUACUGUGUAGUAAUUUGCUGAUACGUUACUGUAUGCAGGCUAAACCAAUGAUGACAUAUUUAAAAUAAAAGAAGUACUCUCCAAA